AUGUGGAUAGUUCUAUCAAGCAGACACCGCUCGCACUGCUCCGAUGCCGUGCCUGCAGGUGCGAACUGCCUCUUUCGGCAAGUCCACAACGAUGCGAUCAAGCAACUCGUGGACGGGCUCGAGUACCAUGAAGUCUAUGCUGGUGAUCGAGUCAUCACCGAGGGAUCCGUGGGCUCGCGCUUCUACCUUGCGCAUGGCGUCGGGCUGGAAACAGUGCUUCGCGGAGUGACCGUCAGCAGCAUGCCUGCCGGACAAAUCUUCGGCGAGCUUUCGCUACUGCACAAGUGCCCUCACACAUGCUCAGUGGUCGCCACCCGACGGGUUGGCGUUUGGGCAGCGGCCAGCGACAAAUUUCGGCAGGCGAUCCUGUCAGCCGUGAAGCGGCAGGUUUCGGAAGUGAGGGCCUUUCUGGAAGAGGUGCCCCUUCUACAGAAUUUGUCCGCUCGGGAGCUGGACUGCGUGUCCGACAUGUCCUAUGUCAGAUCUUAUGCAGCUGGCGACAAGCCACUGCAAGGUGGUGUAGAGCUGACCCACGCUUUCUUCGUAAUGUCGGGGCAGCUGAAAUCCUGGAACUCGGCCGGUAAGGAGGAGGAACUUCUGGAAAGUGGCCAGUGCAUCGGUGAGCGCUUGCUGCUGUAUGGAGAUGCCUCUGCGGCGAACCUGGAAGUCACAAAGCGAUGUGAUCUCGUUUUUGUGAAUGCACGGAAGAUGCGACAGCUUCUGGGCAAGCAAGAGAUUGCCAUCAAGCUGCAGCAGCCCAGACUUAUGUCCAGCUUGCACUCAUCUCCUGCACUUUCAGAGCAGCCCCAGUCGCUUGUCGCCCAGCUGGCGAAGUCGCUGGAGCUGAGCGAGUAUAUGCCAGGAGCGAAGAUACCCCCUUCCAUCGGCCUCUUCGUGGUUCUUGACGGAGAUGUUCAGGCCGGCCAGCGCCCUUCCGCCCGGAUCCUUCGAGCGGGGACGGUGGAAGUUCCGCCGGCCGCUUUUUGGACACAGGGAGGCACGGCCGAUCGCCGCGUGCUUGGAUCAGCUCAUGAGUCCCAUUUCGUUGCUGGUCACACCGGCUGCCGGCUUGCGGUGCUGCCAGCACUCAGGGCAGAUGAUGCUGCUGGCAUGAAAGCGAGAGUCCUCAACGUGCUGUCGCGAGUAUCGAUUUUCAGGCAGGUGCAGGAGGCGACACUGGAUGUGCUUUUCCAGUGCGUUAAAACGCAGCUGUACCGGAACGGAGAGCAGAUCGUGCAGCAAGGCGAGAAGGGUUCCCACUUCUACGUCAUUGCCACUGGGGAGGUGGACAUGGUCAAGGACGGUCAUUCUGUGAGAAGGCUGGUCCAGGGCGGCUGCUUCGGCGAGCGCGCCGUGCUUUUUGCGGAGCCGUGGUCGACGUCUUUCACUGUGGUGGCAGCGGAAUGUGAAGUGUGGUUCUGGGAUCGCAACACAUUGCUCCAGGCUCUUGCAAAAGAGAGCCGAGCAUCUGAACAACUCGGGCAGAGGGCGUCGCUCCAAGAUCCGGGAGUGGGGCUGCAGGACUUGAAGAAGCUUGGUCAAGUCGGCACUGGAACAUCUGGUACAGUCUGGCUUGUAACGAACGUGAAGACCGAUGCCAGAUAUGCAUUGAAAAGGGUCAAAACGAUCGAUGGCAAGGUCCCGCAGGAAGUCCAGCGCGAGAUCCAGAUUCUCUCCGAAAACGACCAUCCAUUUCUCAUGCAAAUGGUGAAGUCUAUGCAGACGCACUCGCACAUCUACGUCCUGGCCGAAUAUGUCGGAGGCGGCGAGCUUUACGCAGCAAUGCGGUCAAUCUCGACAGUGUUCAGCCGUCAGCAAGCCAUGUUCUGUGUGGGCUCCCUGCUUUUGAUGCUGGAAGCGCUCCAUGAGCGGAAUGUGGUCUAUCGCGAUCUGAAGCCAGAGAACAUCAUGUUGGAUGCCGAGGGCUACCUGAAGCUGGUAGACUUCGGAACUGCCAAGAAGCUGGAAGCCAAAUGUGGCAGAACGUUCACCUUGGUCGGCACGACCCACUACAUGGCUCCGGAAGUGAUGCGCGGCAAGGGCUAUGGUUUGGAAGUUGACGUUUGGGCAUUGGGAAUUGUCCUCUACGAGCUCCUGUGUGGUCAUCUUCCCUUCGGAGAGAACGCCGACAAUCCGCGAGAGGUCUGCAGAGCCGUUCUAGCCGGAAGUCCUGCACUCCCUCAGCAUCUUGAGCCCUGCGCUCGAGUACUCAUUGUCUCGCUGCUCGAGCCCCGCCCACGGCGACGCCUUGGAUGCGGAGCAAACGGGCUUCAGGAUAUUAAGGACAGCGCCUUCUUUCAAGCCCAUCGAAGACAGCAAUCGGUCCAAAGCACCGCCUUCGACGACAGUGUAGCCACUGGCAGCCACUCACUCGGCUUGGACUUUGCUGCGCCCGAAGUUGACCAUGACGACUACUUCACCAUGCUUCUCAGUCGCAAGGUGGACCCUCCGCUCAAAGCAAUCGUGGCCCAGGAGCCUGACAAGGAAGGUGAAGCGCUGACCGACUGUGAAGAGAUGCUGUGCAAUGGAGCCAAUGGAAAGUCCGAGUUCGCUUCGCCAUAG